AUGUUUGAGAGAAUGCGCAAGGCGGCGGAAAUUGCAAAUGAGACCUCCGAGGAGUCGAGCGAGGUGAUGGAAAACAACCUCGGCGCUGCAGUUUUCACCGCCAGGUCAUCUAAUACAACUCCACAGAACAAUUAUCGGAGCCAGAACAAAGGUCUGCUCCUCCUCUCCGGCAGAAGAGUCCCAGAGGGCGACGCGUUAGAGAGUACGGCAGGUGGGGGAGACUUGGUUUCCGGUACGACAAUCGCUCCCGCCUCCAGCAGUGCCUCCAAUACGUUGUUGACUCGCGAACAGCAGCGUGAUUCGACGUCGCUGCAGCAGCGAAUGACACCAGCCAGUAAUGUGAGGAUCGGGGCGGGGAAAAGGCCCAACAAGAAGCCGGGCGACACGAACCAGAACGCCGCCCGGAUGCGCGGCGUGGCCCUGCUGCAAGCGGCGGCGCAGGAGUACAAGCAUCAGGGUGUGCGGCAGAAUUCCUCGAAUCUGAAGGCGAGCGCCAGCGGCAACCGGAUGCAGAAGGAGGCGCAAAACACCACCAAGAUCAUGAAGUCGGAUUACGUGUCGGACGACGAGGAUCUGCUCCCCAUCGCGGCACUCGAGAAAGAGCAGGACACACUGCUGGACCAGGACCGCGCCCGGGCCUUGCAGGCGUACAUUGGGACCGAGAACGCCGAAAAACGGAUGCCGAAGUACGAACCGAUCUACGAGGGGAUCCAGUAUUGCAAGGAAAAAUCCCCCCUCCCCAUAUCAAAACGAAAUUUCUGAUGCUGAAUUUGGGCAAACAAAUCAGCUCUGUAUUGCAGAAAGGCACCGCAGCCAGAUCCCCAGGCUAGGUAGAGGGGCGUAUGGGUCUAGUUGCUCAGCAUGGCAAACAGGUCACAUUUAGGGCCAACAGCAUGACAAAUCGCUUCCAUAGUGGGGCAGAAGCUUCUGCCCUUGUCUUCUUGCAAUACAAAUGUGAUUUGCGACCUCAAAUCAGCAACGCAAAUUUUCGGAAGCAUACCUUUUCGAUAUGGGGAGGGGGGAUUUUUCAUUCUGAUAUCCAGUCCGCGGCGUUCAUUGAAACCUUGUACGCGUUCGCGAACGUGGAGUGCACCUCGGGCUACAAAACGUUGCUGUACAUGAAGCCCGGGUGGUCUUUCUUCGUGAUGGCUCUGGGGUAUUUGGUGCAGUUCGUGGUGAUCGAGUACAUUCAGUACGACUUGUCCGGCCCCGCGGUGCGGAAGUGGCAGGACGGCUACCACAAGCUCGUCUCCAUGCAACUCGGGGCGGCCUUGGAUGACAAGGCCGGGACGAAUUUCGCACAGCUCCCGGGCGGGGCGGAUCUGCAUAAUGACGCGAAGGUGCGCACCGAGGAGAUCACGACCUACCUGAAGGUUCUGGAGAAGGAGGACGCGGACAAGAUUUGCGACUGGAGUAUCAGUUCGCCCUUCAUGUAUCAAAUGCAAAAAUGUCUGGGUGUGGAAGAUUGCGAGAAUUGUCAUGCUUGUCUGGGAUGACCAAAAAGUUUGUGAUGCGUGUCCAAGAAGAGACCCUUUUGUCUGUCAUGCAAAAACGCAGGUUGUCAUGCGAAAAACGCAACACAACGAAGCGCAAAUAUUUCUCAUGCUUGGCUGGGCAUUACAGAGCAUUCACUAUUCCCAACGCAGCAUUACAAGUUUCCAGACCCAGACAUAUUUGCAUUUGAUAUCAUGCUCGCGUCGCUGAUCUUUUUGCACCUCAUUGCGGUCUCGCGCGAGCUGGCGGACCGGUUGCGGUUGCUCUACUGGCUGCUGUUUGUCGCGCCGGCCACGCCGGACUGCAAGGAGGCGGUGGGGGUGGUGGUGAAGAAGGAAUUAGCGCACUUCAACGCCUUGCAGCUCGAAUCCAUCCGGACCGACGGACGGCUGUCGAAUUCCGCGGACGCGCCGGAAGUGCGAGACCUAUGCAUUGCAAAUGUGUCUGGGUCUGGAAACUUGUAAUGCUAAAAGUGAAUGAUAGACGCACUGUAAUACGCAGCUAUGCAUGACAAAGUUUUUGGCUGUCAUGUCGUACGUAUUCCGCAUGGCAAACUGCGUUUUUGCAUGACAGGUAAGAGGGCCUUUUCGUGCCUAUGCAACACAGAUUCUCUAGCCAUGCCAGACAAGCAUGACAAACUUGCAUUCUUCCAGACCCAGACAUUUUUGCAUUUGAUUCGACCACAUGCUGGACGAUUUUUUCGAGAUCGAGCCGGAGCUGGUGAUCAUUGGCGCGCCGUUGUGGGCCAAAUUGUUCUACGCGCUCCCGUAUGGAUUGUAAAAAUGUCUGGGUCUGGAAGAAUGCAAGACUUGUGAUGCAGGUUUUCCAUGACCCAUGAGGUCUGGAAUGCGAGGCCCAGCAUCACAGAUUCUUUGAGGUCUCUAUCAUGCCUUUCCUGCAUAAGAGACUCCCUCUCAACUUGUUCAGAAGCGGACAGCUUUUGGCACUCACGCAACACAGAUUUUUGCAUCAUUCAGAUUUUGCAUGACAAGUUCUAAUCUUCCAGACCCAGACAUUUUUACAUUUGAUAUCCCGAUCAUUCUGCCCUCCUUUUUCAUCGCGCUCUUCACGGUGUUCGUCGGCUUGCAGUACUACAUCGGCACCACACACGCUGAUGUUUUGUUCAACGCGGCGUUUUUCGUGAUUUUGGCCCAGUUUGACAACUUCAUUUACGUGACCUGCAUCACGCGCGACCAGCGGACCGAGGUGGAGAUGUGUCGGCUAUACUUCAACAAGCGGGCCCGGGAUGCGGAACUCGGGUACGUGAAGUUUUCUGCCGAGAUGAUGUUCACGGUGAUCACGGCGGUUUUAUCCUUCUCGGUGGUCGCGGUCAUGCUGCCCAAUCUGUUGGCGGAUUCCGCGCCUGUGGACGGAUACCGAAACGCGAGUUGGCACCGGGAGUUUAUCUUCGGGCUGCGGGACUAUUGCCGGGACCAAAAUCUGCGCUAUGUCUACAACGACCGGUGGUCGGUGCGCGACUACUUCGUACUGUUUCGCACGGCGCCCAACCUGAACGCGGACGGCACGAUAUCCUGUGUAAAAACGUCCCCACCCCAGAGUUGUCAUGCAGAUUUGCAAUGACAGGAACGUUUGUAAUGCGCAUCUACAUCAGAGGCAUUUCCAAUCGUGUUUUGGCAAUUGUAAUCCUGUAAACAGGAUGAGGAGAUGAGUCCUUCCUAACCUGCACUACACUACAAAGACGAACUUGUCAUGCAUGGCUUCCAAAACUCCUAGAUUUGUGUUGCAGAGUUCACAAGAACUUGACUAUGGGGUGGGGACGUUUUUCCUCAGGAUACACGACGGCCUCCGUGCAGCCGGGCUGCUGCGGCGAGCCGGGGGCCGACGCGGUGGAGGUGCCGGACUCCUCGUUUGUGCAACAGGUGGCGGCGGGCGUGGGGGCGGUUUUGGGCGGGACGGAUUUGCUGUCGACUGUGACCUCCACGACCACAGAGAUUUUGGCCGCAGUCGCGGAAAUGGCGAACCACGCGGCAACAGCGGCGGCAGCCCGGGAGGAGGUCCUUGGGGAGGACACUGUAGUGGGUUCUUCCGCAUCGGGUACUUCUACGGGAGCCUCGACCGGGGGAACAAAAAAGAGAAGUUUUUGGAGCCGUUUGUUCAAUCUACCGGAGGAGAAAUCGGACAAGUUGCAGUUUCUAGCGCCCCGAGGGGAGGAGUAG